CUCGGCGCGACUCAAACUCAAGCUGCACACGAGGUUUUGGAAAUUCCACAAGUUUCCCGUUUUUCGUUUCCAAAAAAUUAAAUAUUUUUAAAAAACUAUAAUUAAAUUAAACCUGACUUUUAAAAUAAUGAAGACGAAAUCCUCCUCCUCCCGAGUAAGCAGGCGCUUUUCGGAUAACCCAUUUGCAAAAAAUAUCGUAGAAGAAAUCGACGAUGAAGACUUGCUCAUGGAUUAUGAACGAUUUGACGAGAAUGCGGAUAAGCUAUCAAAAUCGUCCAUGUCCACCCCCAUGCCGCCGUCAGGACGUGAUAAGCCACAUAAAAAGUUGAAGAAGAAUAAAGAAGUGAGGCAGGAGGAUGAGUGGGGAGAAAUCAGUACCAAUAAUUAUUCUACUUUUGGAGCGGAUAAGAGCAGUAGAGCCGACUUAUCUUCGUCCAAGAAGAACAAGAAAAUACAGGAGGAGGACGAGUGGGAAACAAGUAAUAAUAAUAAUUCUACGUUUGGAGCGGAUAAGAGAAGAGGCUUAUCUCCGUCCAAGAAGAGCAGAGAAAUACGACAGCAGGAUGAGGACGAGUGGGAAACCAGUAAUAAUUAUAACAACGGUUUUGGAGCGGAUAAAAGAAGACAAAUCGGCUUAUCUCCGUCCAAGAAGAGCAGAGAAAUACGCCAGGAGCCGGAGGAGGAUGAGUGGGGAGAAAUAAGUACCAAUAAUAAUAUUAAUUUUGGAGCGAAUAAGAGAAGAAAUGUCGACUUAUCUCCGUCCAAGAAGAACAAAGAAAUACGGCAGCAGCAGCAAGAGGAGGAUGAAUGGGAAGAAACCAGUUACAAUAAAAAUACAAGUUUUGGAACGGAUAAGCGAAGCAGAGUCGACUUAUCUCCGCCCAAGAAGAAGAAUAAAGAAAAACGGCUGCAGCACCAGGAGGAUGAGUGGGAAACCAAUAAUAGCCACAAUAAUUCUAGUUUUGGAGCGGAUAAGAGCAGAAGAGUCGACUUAUCUUCGUCCAAGAAGAAGAAUAAAGAAAGACGGCAGCAGGAUUCGGCCCAAGAUUGGGAAACCAAUAAUUACAAUUAUAAUACUAGUUUUGGAGCCAAUAAAAGAAGAGAAGUCGACUUAUCGCAGGUUCCACCCCAUUUGUUCAAAAAUAUGGUGCAAGCGACACCACCAAAAUAUUUCUCCUUGACGGAAGAUGAAAUCAACCAUGAAGACGUGGAAGGAUGGAUUAUUCAGUGUCCUCGAAAUGUAAACCUAAAGGAAAUUCUGGAGGGGAAAAAGCUCAGCUUGAAAGAUGGAGCGUCGUCAAUUUUGUCGUCAUCUCAUCAAGAAGAAGAACUCGGUUCAGGAGACACGUUUGAAGCCAUCACAUCAAAGCAAACGUCCGACGGGAGGCAACAAAUUGAUCAAAAUGCCUUAAUAAUUUUACCCGAUGGGGAACGACAUUUCAAAAUGGCUUCCAUCCCGCUUCACGGCUGCAUCACGGUCAGAACCCACCUUGAAGAAGUGUACCCUCCCGAAGUCCUCAUCCCACGAAAGAAAACCCGCAAAUUACCACGUGGCAUCAAACAACGACACCCCAUUUACGGCGUGGACUUUUCCGAAGCCCUGUCAGGAGACAAAGUGACAAAAACUCGGUCCACCUUUUACGCUCCUUCCCCAACCAAAACAAACCUUGAGGACGACUUUAUCGAAAAAUUGACUUUCUCCAAGACCAAAAGGGUACGAAAGUCGUCAGUUUCCAUUCCUCAAGUAAUACCUGAACCGGAAGUAGAAGUAGAACCACCCUCGAAAAAAUUAAAAAAGAGGAAAUCAUAUAUCGAACCAGAGGAAUUCGCUCAACCGGAAGUUCUAGAAGAAGCACCACCACCCUCAAAAAAAUCAAAGUCUUCUAAAAAGCGGAAUUCAUAUAUUGAACCGGAAAUUCUAGAAAUCCCGGAAUAUUAUGUAUCUCCUAAGAAAGAGAAAAAAACAAGAAAAUAAAACAUUACGGUUAAGUUAAA